AGCCUUCGAAACACCUUCCUAAAUGAAACUUCGCCGACUGUUCGACAUCACAGAUAGCAUCCCCUGGGAGGCUACAGUUUGCGCCUGCUACAAAAAACUUCUUCUUUGACAUACCGUGCUGGUCGGUCUUCUAAGAUUUUCCUCUGCCCUUUUUUUCUUUCUCGUUUUAUUAAAUUUAUCUCCACAAGCAUAUAGCGCGCCCAGAUGCCAAAGAGAUCAAAUUGGUCAACAUCAGCAUACAACCGAUUCUUAUCUAUAGACGCCCACCAUGCCCAUGCCAUCGUAUCAGUCUGUGUUCGAAAAAGAACGAGAAAAGAACGAGCAGAAGAGUAAAAGCCAGCCUGAUGCGACCCAGGCCGCCGCGAAUUCAGCCCAGUCACGCUCUCCAUCGUGGGCCUACGGUGUGUCAGUGACCAACAGCAAUGUUUUCGUCGUACCAAAAACUAACCCGACCGCCUAGUCCCUCGUACCGGCCACUAGCCCGGCCACCUAGUCAAGGCGGCCCUAGUCCCUCUAUGAUGCCUCGCCAGCCCAUGGGUCCGAUGGGCCCCUGGACGGACCAACGGCAUGCUCAAGAGCAGAGUUUUCUCAGCGAGAUCGUGCGCAUACCGCCCAACCUCGUGAGCCAGCUGAAACAGGAACUUGGUUUGGACGGUAAAGAGCCCAGUGCAAUGACAUUCGAUGAAAAGCGGCGUCUCGUCGAGGCUCAUCGACAACGUUCAGUAGCUCGGAGCAACCCAUCUUCGUCCAACGGUGGUGCACCGGCUCCGUCCUCCGCGCCUCCGGAUAUGUCCGCAGCGCUUUUCACGCCCGAUUUCAUACAAAGCGUGGCCGACUCGUUGGAUGAGUUUGAUCCUUCCUUCCUGCGACCCGACGGAGACAUCCCUUUUGAACGUGACUUUGGACAGUGGUUUAAUCAUCCAGACGACGCUGGCGGAUCACUAGAUUUGAGGUGAUCCCUGUGAUCGUGUCCCUAGAACGGGUAGUGAGGAAGUUCCCCGCUUUGCGUAUUUCGUAUGCUUUCUUCUCGCUGUCGUUGUACUUGCUAUCCUUCGUCGAUCGUUGUUUUUCUGUGGCCUUGCUAUGAUUGGGUUUGGUUUAUAAAUGGUACUCAGUAGAUUCAAGCUCGAGAGCAUGCCGGCUGUAUUGUUGAAUAAGGAUACAAAUGAUGGACUGAAUGACGCGGAUAUAACUUACGAUG